UAUCAAUACAAAACAUAUCAACAAAUCACAUAUCUAUUCAUAAGGAUUGUUAGUUAUUAAAAUAUAGUUAAAUGCAACUUACAACUUAAGUAAAUAAAUAAUAACAUAUCUUCAUUCUUAUCGAUGUCUAUAAUACUUAUGUGUAAGGUGUAUUUAUGAAGAAAAACUGGCAUUGCUGCACCUGUGAUUGGCGGGCCAGCGUCUACGUAAGGAGCAGUUGGGCCAAUGGCGGCGCGGGCUGCGCGCAGCCGUCGUGCUACGCCGUAGAGGCGCGCGGGGUGCUACGGCAUCGACAGACGCUGCGUAGCUGCGAAUACCGGGAACUGGAAGCUAUGUGUUAGGUGCAGUUUGAUGUGGGACAUCGGGUGUCCGCCAUGCAGGGGCUGCAGGCCGCGAAAGAGAAGGCCUCGGGCCUCUUCGCCAACAAACCCCUUCUGUUCAAGAACAGCCAGUAUGAAACCUUUCAUGUGGAACAGAAGGGCUACGAUCAGAUGUACGACGGGGAGGACCUGGAGACACCACCUUCACCCGACAGGCCUCCACCGAGACAUAUAGACAAGUACAUCAAAGCGGAGUUACCAUGCCUGAGCGCGCGUUACACUGUAGCGCUGCUCGCCUGCUUCGGCUUCAGCAUAAUGUUCGGCAUGCGGUGCAACAUGAGCAUGGCCAAGCUCAAGAUGACGGAGAAGCACAACACAUCAAGCGGCGUCAAAGAAGAUACGCCCUUCAACUGGACAGUGGAAGUGGAAGCGUCCAUCGACUCUUCCUACUUCUUCGGCUACUUCAUCACGCAGCUGCCGGGCGGUUUCCUGGCGUCCAUGUACCCGGCCAACAGGAUCUUCGGGGCGGCCAUUGUUGCGUCCGCCAUCUUUAAUAUGGCCAUCCCUGGCGCCAUGGCUGUGGGGCCCACUGCAGUCGUGUUGUUGAAGGUCGCGCAGGGAUUUGUUGAGGGUGUGACCUAUCCUUCAUGCCACGGCAUCUGGCGUAUGUGGGCGCCACCGAUGGAGCGCUCUCGGCUGGCCACGCUGGCUUUCUGCGGGACCUAUGCGGGCAUUGUCAUCGGGAUGCCUCUGUCUGGGAUGCUAUCAGAUUACAUCGGAUGGCAAGCUCCGUUCUACUUCUACGGGGUGUUUGGACUUAUAUGGUACUGUAUGUGGCUGUGGCUGGUGUUCGAGCGGCCGAGCAAGCACCCGCAUAUCGCCGGCAAGGAGAUGGCAUACAUCGAGCAGUCCCUCGGCACCGCCACACAGGCCCCCAUGCCCAGCUUCUGGGGCACGCCCUGGAAGGCCUUUUUUACUUCACCCCCAGUAUAUGCCAUUAUUGUAGCGAAUUUCUGCAGAACGUGGAAUUUCUGUUUGUUAGUUAUUUUUCAGUCUGCGUAUUUUAAUUCAAGAUUUCAAAUGCAAAUCACAGAGUCUGGGUUCGUGGGCGCCAUCCCUCACUUGAUCAUGACGUCACUGGUGCCGAUCGGCGGCAUGCUGGCCGAUUACCUGCGCAAGAGUGGCACGAUGACUACCACCAACGUGAGGAAACUGUUUAACUGCGGAGGCUUCGGGCUGGAGGCGUUCUUCUUUGUUCUUGUCGCCUAUGCCGAUAAUAAGUACGUCGCAACUAUAGAACUGACGCUGGGCGUAGCAUGCAGCGGUUUUGCUAUCUCCGGCUACAAUGUGAACCACCUGGACAUCGCGCCGCGAUACGCGUCUAUCCUCAUGGGAUUGUCCAACGGUAUCGGGACAAUCGCCGGUUUUGUGGUGCCUAUCGUCAUUAACUACAUCACGCAGGAGAAGGAUAAGCUGGAGAAAGCAAUAACAGAGUGGCGCGAGGUGUUCCUAAUGGGCGCGACGGUGCAUUUCAUUGGUAUCACCAUCUACGGCAUAUUCGCUUCGGGUGAGCUGCAGUCAUGGGCCGAGCCGCCGCCUUCUUAUGAGUCGCCUGUCAAGUCUAAGGACCAUGAGACCACCUUCAUGGGUAACCCAUCCGCGCCGCUGAAGAGCAGCUCACCACCAGCGUACGGCGCGGUGGCACCGCCGCGGCCGCCCGCGCCCGGCGCCGCGCCGCCGACGGCCCACGUGCCCAACAACCCGUUCGUGUCUGGAGCUUUCUACCAGGCCGAGCCCGUGCAACCGCCAGCUCACCAGUACCCUGAGCUCACAGACGACGGCACUUACUAGGUUGCUCAAUGUGGUACUAGAGGAGAGGUUUGAUUUUCAGUUGUUUAAAAAAAACCUGCCCAAAGGGACUGAUGAGUGCUGAGCAUUCACUCCAACUAAACGCAACUAUUCCCACUUUAAAAGCAGAUUUCGCGAAUUGUUUGACGAGAUUGCUCGUUAUACAUAUUGCUCAUAUUUGUCAUAACAAACUUUGAUAAGCGACGAUUUUUUCUGCAAUCUCAAAACUUUUUUUACCUAAAAGCAAUCUAAAUCAUGAUUCUCGUCUAGUAUUCUAUUGAAGUAUAUGAUUUAAUGAUUUCAAAGAUUUUGUGCUCACCAUAGUAUUUUCCUACUAGUUCAUAACUCGACGCGAGCGCCGCCCCUCGGUCGGGUGGUGAACUAGUCCAACGAGUAGAUAGGUGAAAUUACAUGUGCUAUUACUCUCGCCAUGGUUAGCUUGUACUACGUCAUAUCGUUAUAGAAAUUAACAGUACCUGUUCAGAUCUUCAUUAUUUUUAUAAACAUUCAGUCAUUCUAUAUUCAUAUACAUAACCAGUUGAGGUUGAACUUUAUGUUGCUCGGUGUAAACCGUGCUGAUUUUCUUCGUAGCCUAAAAGAGUCUGUAUUGUUAUAUUUAUUGACAUAUCAUCAAGUAAUAAAUAUACCUUAGUAUCGUUUUAUUUUCACGUCAUUUUCUUUGAAAGCGUGUUACUAUUUGAGCAGUCUCGAUUACUCCAUUGGUAUAACCAACAAAGCAAAUAUUAUACUAAGAUGACAAUUGUUAUAUAAACAUGACAAUUCUGUGGUUAGCUCAUAAUAAUUAAAAAAAAAUCUCAUUCUUAUGUUGCAAUUGUCAAAAUAAUGUAGCGAUGAAAUAUACCAUAAUCUCGAUUAUGUUGACCAUUGGCCAUUUGGUCAUUGGUCAAUCCCGAGCCUGAACAAAUAGGAACACACGUCACUGAAUAUUAAAUGCAUGAGUCCCAUAGAUAUGUAUACAUUGCUCUCUUGUUGCUAAUUGUUGUAAAAUGUUUAUAUCUUUACAAAUAAGUAUGUAAUUAAAUUGUUCAAAUUUAGAUUUACCUGUACCUAUUUGAAAUAUAAAACGAUAUUAUAGAUGUAGAAAAUAUAUUAUGUACUUGCUAGGGAAUGUUAACUACUCGUACAGAGGGAAGAAAUGCAAUCAUUGUUUAAUAAUUAUACCUAAAUUAGUUGCAAUCUUUGAGUUAAGAAUAUUUUAUUAAAUGUACCUAUCACUUAAUUUUAAAAUGUUAAAAAAAAAAUCAAAACAUCAAACAUGUUUGUUUUAAGAUUUGCGUUUGCUUGUAAUUAUAAGUCAUUUAGAUAACAUCCAAUUUACGUAU